CGUGUCGGCCGCCUCGCCGGACAGAGCCCUCUGGCUCUGUCCACGCUCUGCCUCCUAGAGUAGUGGCCCUUGUGGGUUUCCACUUCGAAACCGUCGACCCGCAGAGCGGGUCAGGGACAUGGCUACGUCGGGUCUGGAUCACCUCAAAAAUGACUACAGAAGAAGAUUUUGCCGAUCUUCCAGGGCACCUGACAUUAAUACAGAGCAAGGCAAAAAUAUACUAGAAAUCUUACAAGACUGUUUUGAAGAAAAAAGUCUUGCUAGUGAUUUUAGCACAAAUUCUACAAAAUCAGUGCUUUCUUCAACACCCCAAAAAAAAGACAUUUGUUUACAAUCACCAAACAAUGAAAUCAUAUUCAAAAUCAGAUCCAGUUUCUGCAAGGAAGAAAGAAGCUUCUCUGCAGUUCAUUGUAGAAGCAAGUGAAGCUGCUGACAAAUCAGUUCAGGCCCCUGAAGCUCAUCCAGAAAUUCUGGCAACUCAUGCUAGUUCUAAAAAUACACACGACUGGAAAAAAAUGUCAAGCAGAAAACAAAAUAGUCAUCAUAAUGAAGCUGAUGAAGAAUUUUACUUAUCUGUUGGCUCGCCUUCUGUUUUUUUGGAUGCAAAAACAUCUGUAUCAGAAAAUGCUAUUUCAUCUAUUGCCAAAAAGAGAGAGACUUACACUUUAAAAAAUUCAGUAAACACACUUUCUUCAAGUGCAGAGAUUUCUCUGAAACCCAAAAAAAGGUUGAACUUUGAAGAUAAAGAUGUUUUGAAGAAAGUAGAAAUAGAGAAUAAAAUAUCUGAAGUAGAUAAAAUAUCAGAACAACCAGAAAGGAAACUCUCAGUAACAUCCCAGGAAAGACUGCAAGACUCAGAACAUGAAAUUCAGCCACAAGCUAAAAAGAGUUUUUCAACAUUGUUUUUAGAAACUGUAAAAAGAAAAGGUGAAUCCAGUCCCAUUGUUAGGCAUAUAGCACCUGCUCCAACUCAUUCAUCUUCUCCAAGUGAUCUGAAGUUGUUAGAGGAUGAAUUUAUAAUUGAUGGGUCAGAGAGAAGUUUUGCUAGUCGAUCUUGGAUUACGAUACCAAGAAAGGCAGGGCAUCUGAAUCAACGCCCAGUAUCCCCUGCUGAGAACCCUGCACCUCUUCAAGCUAAGAAGUCAAGAGAAAAACAUCAUAGUGUACUACCUGAGACUUUGACUAAUGGUAUACAUUCACAUGGAGCUCACCCAGUAGAGAAAUCUCAGCCCUCUGAUCAAGAAAAUCUCUGUACAAAUUGUGCUUUAACAGAUGAAAUGGAAAAUAGUUGUAGAUCUACAAAAUAUAAAAUGUGUUCUGAGAAUGCAGAAAAAUCACCCGGAAACAAAAGGACUGUAAAACAAAAACAAAGAACAAAAUCGAAGGACAGUAUAGACAAAGAUCAGCUUGAUGUAGGACAAUCCAAAGAUGGAAAUAUGUCACAUAUUGCCCAAAAGAAGUUACAAAGAAAUUCAGAUAGAAAUACAGAAGAGUGUGAAGAGAAGAGAAAUAAUCGUAUUUCAAAAAAACAGAUGCCAUCUAUGGGAAGCAAAAAUAGCACCAAAAAAGAUAAAGAAGAAUCUAAGAAGAAACGAUUUUCUAGUGGAUCCAAGAACAAAGUUGAACCCGAAGGAGUCACUUUGACUGUCACAAGAAGUAGAAGAAUUUCCAGGUGUCCAUCUGAUUGGUGGGUGGUAAAAUCAGAGCAGAGUCCUAUUUCUGCUUCAUUGAGAAAUGAAUUAUCAAUGCGUCAGAACCGAAGGCAAAAACCUGCUAAGAAAACAAAUCAGUCAUCGAAGAAAAUUAGGAAAAAAACUGUCCCAUUUAAAAGGCAGAAGACAGCUACUCAAGGCAGCUCAAGGAUACAGAAGUUUUUAAAUGUUAAUGAUUCUGGAGGUAUUAUUGACCAUGAUGAAGUUUCCAGUUGUUCCCAGGAUGAGCCUUUGGAAAGGGAUGAGGCAGACCUGGCUAAGAAGAAAAAUCUUGAUUGUUCUAGAUCUGCAGAAAGCUUAAAGGAUCAGGAUGGCAUUAUUACUGAACAGAAUGUUAAUGUAAUGUCUCAAACCGGUGUAAAUACAUGCACGUCACCAACAGAGUCUAACUUGGAUUCAGAAGAGCCUAAGACUUCAGUUUUGGAGGAAAGUGGACCAUCCAGGUUGAAAAAUUAUUUAAUGUCUGAAAAGAAAAAUUCUGAUGUGGAUGAUGAGAAAGUUCAGAAAAGUUCAGACAGCUCAAGAGUAAAAAGAUCAAUAAUGACCCCAGAGAACAAAAUGCAUCAUAAAUUAGUAUUGCCCUCCAAUACACCAAAUGUCCGCAGAACUAAGAGAACACGUUUGAAACCUUUGGAAUAUUGGCGGGGAGAGCGGAUAGAUUACCAUGGAAGGCCAUCAGGAGGAUUUGUGAUUGGUGGAAUACUAUCCCCAGACACAGUAUCAUCUAAAAGGAAGGCAAAAGGAAACAUGGGAAAAGUCAACAAAAUAGAUAACAGGAAAAGGAUCUGUCCUGAUAAUGAUGAAAGAAAGAAUAAAUUAAUGGUAACUCUGAAUGUACCUCUAGGAGAUCCUUUGCAGCCAACGAGGGUAAAGGAUCCAGAAACAAGGGAGAUUACCCUCAAGGAUCUUAUAAGGCCACGAGAUACAUACCAGUUUUUUGUUGAUCAUGAUAAGUUGAAAGUAUAUAAAACACUGGAUACACCCCUUUUUUCAACUGGGAAAUUGGUAUUAGGACCACAUCAAGAAAAGGGUAAACAGCAUGUUGGCCUAGAUACAUUGGUUUUUUAUGUUGAAUUUGGUGACCUUUUGUGUACCUUACAUGAAACACCUUAUAUGAUAACUACUGGGGACUCAUUCUAUGUUCCUUCAGGUAAUUAUUACAACAUCAGAAAUCUGCUGAAUGAGGAAAGUGUUCUUCUUUUUACUCAGAUAAAAAGAUGAAAGAUGAAUCAAGUUUAAAAUGGCGUGUGUGUAUGUACAUAUAUACAUAACAGUUUGUAUAAUUCGGACAUUUGUGUUUGUUAUUACUUUGAUGUUUUAAAAUAAAAAUUUUAUUCAGC